GCACAUAGUUGGCGAAAAAGAAGCAUGUUCGCAAUUUUUACUUCUGCAACUAUAAGUGACGUCUUUCCACUUGACUAGAUAUGGCAUUUGUAAUUUGAUCAAACUUUGUUUUUUUGAGCCGUUUUCUCUCCUCUCAGACCCAUCACCCACAACUUUCUGCUCUUCUCUUCAUCUAUUUUCCAUAACGUGGGUGGUGGUGUUGUGUUAAGUAUAUUUAUUCCUCUGCUAAAAUGGAAGGUUCACGCCUUGAUUUUGGCAAAAUGGGUUAUGGAUGCAAGCACUAUAGGAGAAGAUGCAAGAUUAGAGCCCCUUGCUGCAAUGAGGUCUUUGAUUGCCGCCAUUGUCACAAUGAAGCCACGAGCAUGAUGCGUAAAAUUUUUGAUAGGCAUGAACUAGUUCGACAAGCUGUCACGCAGGUCAUCUGCUCAGUUUGUGAUACGGAACAGCCAGUUGCUCAUGUUUGUACGAAUUGUGGUGUCAAUAUGGGGGAAUACUUUUGUGAAGUUUGCAAAUUUUAUGAUGAUGAUAUAGACAAAGGGCAGUUUCAUUGUGAUGAUUGUGGGAUAUGCAGAGUUGGUGGUCGCGAGAACUUCUUUCAUUGCAACAAGUGUGAUUCUUGUUAUUCAGUCAGUCUGCGUAAUAACCACUCGUGUGUGGAGGACUCCAUGCGGCAUCAUUGUCCCAUUUGUUAUGAGUUUCUCUUUGAUUCUAUGAAAGACACAACUGUAAUGAAAUGUGGGCACACAAUGCAUACAGAAUGCUGCCACGAGAUGAUAAAGCGUGACAAAUACUGCUGUCCAAUAUGUUCUAGGUCAAUUAUAGACAUGUCCAAAGCUUGGAAACAAAUGGAUGAGGAGAUUGAAGAGACAAUCAUGCCUGAAGAUCUUAGAUAUAAGAAGGUUUGGAUUCUUUGCAACGACUGUAAUGACACAACUGAAGUAUUCUUCCACAUUAUCGGGCAGAAGUGCACACACUGUCAAUCAUACAACACCCGCAUGAUUGCACCUCCAGUUCUUCCCCAGUAACAACUUCUACUCUAGAAAAAAAAACUGAUUGUUUGUGAUGCUGAAACCUGGUGCGGUGGACGUGAAACAGAAGAAAUUUAUGGUGUUAUCUUCAUUAUUACUACUGUUAAUUCUUUGUGGCAUUUCUGCAUUGUUCAUGGCCAUUGCAAAACAACUCAUCUCUUUUUGCAACGUGGAAGCAUUUGUGACAUGAUUUUUUUUCUCCAAAGAUGCGAGUAGAACUCAAUUGAAUUGAUUCAGGACUACGUAUACUAUGUAUGUAAACAUAUUGUCAUAACAUUCCAAGGGACCACUUUCGAGCUUAAAAAAUGAAAAAGGAACACAUUUAUUACUUGCAGUUAA